GGCUGAGAGUAGUCGCUGUUUAUUAGCCGACGAUUCGUAAGGAGGCCCCAGGCGCGGUCUCCCUUUGUUCUCCCUUCUGCGGGCUCUGGUGGUACUUCAGCGGUGUCUAGAGAGUGAUCUGUUCUCGUCUACCUGCCUGACAUUCUGUAGAGGUGUCUGUCGUUGGCCCAAUAGUUUGUUGUCGAAAGUGCCGGCCCCCGCGCCGGCGUCCGCCGCAGCCGGGUGGGAAGGCUCAAGAUGGCGUGCCUGUUGGAGACCCCAAUCCGCAUGAGUGUCCUCUCGGAAGUAACAGCUAGCAGUCGCCACUAUGUUGACAGGCUAUUUGACCCUGAUCCCCAGAAAGUUCUACAAGGUGUCAUAGACAUGAAAAAUGCCGUAAUUGGAAACAACAAGCAGAAAGCCAACCUCAUUGUUUUAGGAGCUGUUCCAAGAUUGUUGUACUUGCUUCAGCAAGAAACCUCAAGUACAGAGCUGAAAACUGAAUGUGCAGUGGUAUUGGGAAGUCUUGCUAUGGGUACUGAAAACAACGUCAAGUCUCUACUAGAUUGCCAUAUUAUCCCUGCCUUACUGCAAGGACUAUUGUCCCCAGACCUGAAGUUCAUUGAAGCUUGCCUCCGAUGCCUGCGCACCAUCUUCACCAGUCCCGUCACUCCAGAGGAGUUAUUGUAUACAGAUGCUACGGUGAUACCACACCUCAUGGCACUGCUUAGCAGGUCCCGCUACACCCAGGAGUACAUCUGUCAGAUCUUCUCGCACUGCUGUAAAGGUCCAGAUCAUCAAACAAUUUUAUUUAACCAUGGUGCAGUUCAAAAUAUUGCUCACCUACUAACCUCAGUAUCUUACAAAGUUCGAAUGCAAGCACUGAAAUGCUUCUCAGUUUUAGCUUUUGAAAACCCCCAGGUAUCGAUGACCCUGGUAAAUGUUUUGGUUGAUGGAGAAUUGUUACCACAAAUUUUUGUGAAGAUGUUACAGAGGGAUAAGCCUAUUGAGAUGCAACUCACAUCAGCAAAAUGUUUAACUUACAUGUGUAGAGCUGGCGCAAUUCGGACAGAUGACAACUGUAUUGUAUUGAAGACAUUGCCUUGUUUGGUUCGAAUGUGCAGUAAGGAGAGAUUACUAGAGGAGAGAGUUGAAGGAGCUGAGACACUCGCCUAUCUGAUUGAACCAGAUGUUGAGCUACAGAGAAUUGCUAGCAUUACCGAUCACCUCAUUGCCAUGCUUGCUGAUUAUUUCAAGUAUCCCAGCUCAGUGAGUGCCAUCACAGACAUUAAAAGGCUUGAUCAUGACUUAAAACAUGCUCAUGAACUCCGCCAGGCUGCAUUCAAGCUCUAUGCCUCUCUCGGAGCAAAUGAUGAAGACAUCCGGAAGAAGAUCAUUGAGACUGAAAAUAUGAUGGACCGAAUUGUGACUGGCUUGUCUGAGUCUAGUGUCAAGGUGCGGUUAGCUGCUGUCAGAUGUUUGCACAGUUUAUCUAGAUCUGUGCAGCAGCUUCGAACCAGUUUCCAGGAUCACGCCGUAUGGAAACCGUUGAUGAAGGUUUUACAAAAUGCACCAGAUGAAAUCCUAGUUGUAGCAUCGUCCAUGCUAUGUAAUCUUCUUCUUGAAUUUUCUCCAAGCAAAGAGCCAAUUUUAGAAUCAGGAGCUGUAGAGCUACUUUGUGGAUUAACCCAAAGUGAAAAUCCUGCUUUACGAGUGAAUGGAAUUUGGGCUCUUAUGAAUAUGGCAUUUCAGGCUGAACAAAAAAUAAAAGCAGAUAUUUUACGAAGCUUGAGUACUGAACAGCUAUUCCGGUUGUUAUCAGAUUCAGAUUUGAAUGUGCUGAUGAAGACACUGGGGCUUCUUAGAAAUCUCCUCUCUACUCGGCCUCAUAUAGAUAAAAUAAUGAGUACUCAUGGAAAGCAGAUUAUGCAAGCCGUCACUCUUAUUCUGGAAGGAGAACAUAACAUUGAAGUCAAAGAACAGACACUGUGCAUCCUAGCCAACAUAGCAGAUGGGACAACAGCAAAAGAACUCAUUAUGACCAAUGAUGACAUCCUGCAGAAAAUCAAGUAUUACAUGGGUCAUUCACAUGUCAAACUGCAGCUUGCCGCUAUGUUUUGUAUAUCAAACCUCAUAUGGAAUGAAGAGGAAGGGCCAAGACGGCACUGCAGCAGUACCUGGCGUGACAAGAGCACCCUGGGCGCCUGUGAGCAUCCCACAUCCUUGUUAAAGGAAGUACAGGAACUAGCCUCAUUUGAUUCCUUCUAUUUGCACAAGUCACCUUGGACUGCAGGGAGCUGUUUUGCAAAAGCAAUUUGGUAGGCUUAGAUCUCAAAUUCAUCUUGAGAACAUAUUUUUGAGGUAGUAAUUUCCUCAUAGGACUAUUGUGUUUUGUUUUGGUUUGGUUUUUUUCCCGAGCUACCUGGACUCUUUAUUAGAACAAUCAAUCGUUUUCCUUUGGACCUACAAUUUUUUGCCUAUGCUGCAGCCACUUUGUGAGUGAGAAUGAAUGUGUCUGUGUGUACACAGCUGUGUGUGUGUGUGUGUGUGUGUGUGUGUACGUGGGUCAGGAUGAAUGGAUGUGUGGGGGGGGAUAUCUUAAAUUUUUCUUUUCUUAUUUUGUGUGAAAAUCUCUUUUCUACAGAUUUUCCAGGGUUUAAGCAUUGCUUGCUGUAUUAAAAAAAAAAAAACUUUACUGAAUUAUAUACAGUUUGAAUGAAAUGUUAUUUUAAAAACAAAACAAUUGUUAAGUGUUCCAUAAAGGUUAUGUUGAAUUUUGGUCAGAUGAAUAUUUGUAAGUAAAAAAUAUAUGCAUUUCUGAACCUCAAUUUACAUAGAUUUUCUUUAUAAAAGAACAAAAAAAUAAAAAAAAGAAAAAGGAAAGGUUGGCUAUCGUUGGCCUGAAUAACAGGCAUGAUACAUGGUGCUGUGCAAAAUAGUAAGCUAGCCUCUUACUGCCGUCAGUAUCAGCCUGAUUCAAUAAGCUCUCCGACUUCCAAGUCAGCUAGACAAGGUGGAGUACAGUAAGGGGACAGAUUCAGCUUAGGUCUUUUGAAGCAUCAAAGGGAAAUAUAACUACUGAUAGUGAAAGCCCAGCCAUAACCCUGGUUCCUUGGCAGGAACUGGGCACCCAGAGCCUCCCAACUGCCCUCAAUUCUGUCAUUGGUGUAGCAGUAUCUGGCAAGAGUUAGAACCAGUCAUAGAACCUUAUGCUCAAGCUAAAGUAGCUUAUCACUUCCUGGAAACAAAGUCUGGUCGCCUUGUGCUUCCUGAAGCAGCAUGUAUCACUAUGAUAUUCAAGAAUGUUCUACAGACCCAUCUGUGGAAAGAAGCCAAAAGCAGGAUAGUUCAGAAAGCUGUUUUUCUCUUAGUGAAAUGUGGCAAAUUCCAUACUAGUCCACUCAGGACUGCUGUUGAGUGUCCUUUUGGAAAAUGGUGUAGAAAUUUUAGUGAGAGAUGUGGCUAAGACUUUUUCCUGCAAGAAGCCAAAAGCACUGAAGUUUGAAAGAAGGACAGGGAUUCUCCCCAGGAGGACUGAAGAUGAGUUCUUUUCACGGCAAGUACUGCUUAGCCCUUCUGCACCCCUUAGCUUGGCGUCUGCUCCAGCUGCUGCGUCAGCUUCAAGGUGAACUCAGCAGAGGUUGCUCUUGACUGUCUGAAGGUAGAACCAGCCUUCCUUUCCCUUUGUUAAAGAAAGUCAAAGGCACUGUGGUCAGGAAGUGCGGUCUGCGGCCCAGAAGCUUGCCAUGAGUGCGUGCCACUGACGGGGUCCCAAGCCCACCAGCCACUCCUGAUGAGGUUGCUUGCGUCACAGCCACCACAUCACCAACCUGUACCUUCCUUGGAAGACUCAAAUGUGUCUGAUUGCAAAUGAAUGUUUUUAAAUGUAUUUAAUGCAGUUCUUCCUGUUCUCAACAUGACCACCCAAGAUUCAAACACAGAGAUUUCUAAGUUGUUCUUUUUUCAAACCAAUUUUGAUUUAAAAAUCGAUCACAACUGGCACUUGGGUUUUGUGCAGCUAUCAGUGUGCUAAAUGUGAGAAGACCCUUGGUUGGCAUUUGAGACACAAAACACUAUGGAGUUGGUAUGUCAAAGUAGCAGGUAAUAAAUAUAAAGAAACCAAUAAUGAAUUGCUGAGACAAUCCUGAACCCAGAUAGCAUCCGAAAGCUAAAGGCCCAAUGAAAUAAUACUUUCACACUUCAACUCUGUGGAUAAAUCUUGCCUGUGGCUAUAAACAGAUGGUCAAAGAAAAAGUGCUUUACUAUAAUUAACUUUUCUGAUUUGAAUGAAGGAAAAUGUAUUUAUUAAAACAAAGCUGUUUGCUGCUCUACACAGGUGCAGUGUUCAGUCAGCAGGGAGGUGGGAGGAAUGGGGCUGAUCUUGUGUCUUCACCCAAGUUCUCGACUAAGCUUCUCGCUCUCUCUAAUACUGCAUUCUGUUUCUCCUUUUGUGCCCUGAUUGUAACCCAAAAUUUAUGAACUAGAAAAGAAUGUCCAAUUUAAUAAGUUGCAUUUUUUUCCUUGAGCACUUUAUGCAGAACAACACAUGUUCUUCUGGUAGUGUUUGGAUGAUAUGAUUUUAACACAUGCUAAUAAAAGCCAAGAAAGACCAUG